GUGCAGUGAGUCCACUGAUACCGCCGCUCGGACUGUACUGCUGUUGCCGCUCUACGCUCCUUUUUAGGAGUUUUGCUACUCACCAGCUGCUUUACUUUCAUUUACCAAGUAUUUGUCCAAAUUGAGAAAAGAAAUGUUGCGUUAUUUUGAAACCAUGAAGGCGCUUCACAGAUACAUGCUUGGCGCUGACGCGAUAUUGGAUGGACUUCUGAGUUCUUGAUGGACAGAUGCGAGGGCUGUUGGGUUCACGGCGCGUUCAGCGGUCUAUCAGAGUAUGUUUGUGUGGUGCAUUAGGUUGUCGGGUCGGAAAGGCAGUGUCAAGUAACAUGGACCAGACUGAAGAGCCCGCCCUUUGCAAUGACAUGGAUCCACCCGAAGAGCCUCACUCUCACAACGAUGUAAACAAACCCAAGGAAUCCUCUCACUGUGAUGUCGAUCAGCUCAGGUGUCAUCCCUCUUCUAGUAACACAAAGCAGCCCGGGGAUGUGCUAUCUCCCAGUGAGAUGGAGUUGCCCUGUGAUCACCCGUAUCCUAGGAAUGUGGACCAGAGCAGGGAUUUCCCUUCUUCUUGUGAAAUGGACCAGCCCGGCGACUGCCCUGUACUGAGUGACAUGGGAAUGUCCAGAAAUCCCACCUUUCCCAGUGAUGCGAAUAGCAAUACGGAUCCUUCACCUGCCAGUGACAUGGACCAGACUAUGAAUUUCUCAACUGUACAGAAAUACCCUCUUCCCACAGUUGGCAGUCGUAAACAGGCCCGCCUUCAGGAGAGGCGGGGCUCCAAUGUGUCACUGGUCCUGGAUGUGAGUAGUCUGGGCAUGGUGGAGCCACUGUGUACUAUCUCCACUCCACGCGACACCAUCCUGCAGCUGCUCAGAACCAGUAAACGCCCCCUAGAUGCUUCACAGCUACAAGUGGCCUCCAGGCAAACGCAUAUAUUGGACCUGGAGUAUCAGCAAAUACCCCCAAACUUUGUAAAUGCAACCGAGCUGAAUGUUCCAGGACAUGCCUUAAAGGACCGAUACAAGGCCAUACUGCCAAAUCCUGAGACCCGCGUGCUGCUGGGGGGAAGCACUACGGAAGUGGAGGACAACAGCUAUAUCAACGCAAACUGCAUUCGGGGCUACGGUGAAUCUGCCAAAAGCUAUAUUGCCACACAGGCCCCCAUGGUUAACACAGUGGAGGACUUCUGGGAGAUGGUCUGGCAGGAGGAGUCUGCGAUAAUUGUAAUGAUUGUAGAGCUCAAGGAGAUGACAGAGAAAUGUGUCCAGUACUGGCCGGACCAGACCGAUGUAUAUGGCCGGGUCACCGUGGUUGUGAACUCAGUGGUGUCGGGCAACGGCUACACAGUUCGCGAGAUGACUGUCCAGAUGGGGUCAGAGAGCAGACGGUUGAGGCACUACUGGUACUCCACUUGGCCGGACCACCAGAUCCCCCCUGCAGGCCCCCUCUUGCAACUAGUUCUGGAUGUCCAGUCCUACAGAAAGACCCUGUGCAGCCCUGGUCCCACUGUCGUCCAUUGCAGGGCAGGCAUCGGGCGUACGGGCUGCUUCAUCGCCUGCAGCGCGUGCUGUGAGCAGCUGGAGCAGGAAGGACAGGUGGACGUGCUGGGGACCGUCUGCCAGCUGCGGCUCGACAGGGGUGGGAUGAUCCAGACCACUGAGCAAUACCAGUUCCUUUACUUGGCUUUAGCCUUGCACAGUGAGAAACUGGGAGAGAAGGACACCAACCAGUCCACAGACUCUAUCUCCUCACAGAGAAGAGAAAAGGAGCAGGAAAAUGACCCCGGACCGCAGGAGUCAUCUGAGUGACGCAGGGUCUGACCAUUCGACACGCAGAGGCCUGUCAAACAGCCAGGACCCGCUGGGCGUCUCUCUGUGCUCCUCAGCGUAGCGGCUGGACAUCACCCUUGCGGGUCUUACGCUGAAUGUCCGUAGGCGUGCAGGUCGAAAUGAAGUUGCUUCAAGGUUCACUCAGGCAAAACUUUCUUACAAACGGAAAUGAAUAAAUGCUUUUGAAAUAAAUAUAUAAAUAUAUGUUUACAUAUAUAUCAUAUUUAUUUUUAAGUGGAUUGUCUUGAAAAUUGCUAAAAAUGUCAAACUAAGCAGUAUUUUUUAUCUCAGUUAAUGAUGUGUGAAAGCAGCUUUAGCGAUCCGCAGUGACACUGAGGCACUGGUGAAGCACCACUGGGGGCUGCUCUCACUUCCAGGAUGCUUUCUGAUUGUUCGUCAUUGACUGAUGAGGUCUGUUUAAUCUCGUGCUUAUAAAGAGGAUCAUCCGAAGUACACUGUCGCAGGUUUGCUGUGAAACGCCGCUUUUAAUACAAACCAUGCGUGAGUUGAUUUGCUUCUCAAAUGGAUGAUUACAGGUAUGCUAUUGCAUUUCAGUUGUGAAACAAAUGGUGGAUGAAAGUUUAUUUGUGUUAUAGGUUUGUAUGCGUAUAUACACGCCAUGUAUCAGGAUUAAAACAUUUCAAAACAAAUCUUAAAUUAUAAUACCACAAUUUUAAUUGAGA